AUGGGAAAGGCACAGGGUGGCAAGCGCAACAGCAGCGCGGCGGGCUCCUCGCCGUAUGCCAAACCGCAAAAGUCGAACAAUGUCUUCAAGUUCAACACGAACGUCGGCCAGCAUAUUCUCAAGAACCCCGGUGUCGCAGACGCCAUCGUUGCCAAAGCCGGCCUCAAGCCUACAGACACAGUCCUCGAAAUCGGUCCCGGUACCGGUAACCUGACGGUCAGGAUAUUGGAGAAUGCGAAAAAGUUGAUCGCCAUCGAGUUUGACCCGAGAAUGGCGGCCGAAGUGACAAAGCGCGUACAAGGCACACCGGAGCAGCGAAAGUUGGAGGUCAUGCUGGGCGAUGCGAUCAAGGUCGACUGGGUGCCCUUUGACGUCCUCAUCUCCAAUACACCGUACCAGAUUUCUUCGCCGUUGGUCUUCAAGAUGCUGGCCAUGCCCAAGCCGCCGAGGCAGGCCAUUCUCAUGUUCCAGCUCGAGUUCGGACAGAGGCUGGUGGCCAAGCCGGGCGACAAGCUCUACGGCCGAUUGAGUGUCAAUGCCAACUUUUGGGCGACCUGCUCCAAUGUCAUGAAAGUGUCCAAGGCGAACUUCAGGCCGCCCCCUCAAGUCGACUCGUGCGUCGUCCGCAUCGUGCCCAAGCAGGGCAGCGAGCGUCCCAACAUUGCCUUUGAGGAGUUUGACGGCCUGCUCCGGAUCUGCUUCAACCGCAAGAACAGGACCAUGCGCGCGAGCUGGCUAGGGACGAAGGAGGUGCUGUCCAUGCUGGAAAAGAACUACCGCGUCUGGGCCGCCAUGAACAACGUGGCCCUCGACGACUCGCUGGUGGAGGAGGAAGAGGACGACGCGGCCGACGAGGAGAUGGACCUCGACGGCGACGCCGCCGAGCAGGACGACGACGGCGCGACCGACUUCUUCGCCGCCCUCAAGCCGGCCGAGGUGGAGAAGACGAAGAGCAAGCGCAAGAAGACCAAGGUCGCGGCCCUCGUCCGCCACAAGAUUGAGAGCGCGCUCGAGAAGACGGAGCUGCUGGAGAAGCGCGCCAGGCAGUGCGACGAAACGGACUUUUUGAAGCUCCUGCACGCGCUCAACUCGGAGGGCAUUCACUUUGCAUGA